AUGGCCAUGACCGAUGAGGAGAGAGCAAAUUUGCCGCGGGUUCGGAAAAGAAAGCUCCAACUAAAAGCCGAAAUUAUGGAAAUUCGGAAUGAGGUGGCCGAAGUUGAAGCAGAACUAGAGGCGUUAUAUUAUGUCGACGAAACAUCGAAAAACCGAAACCGAAUACUCCUCACUGGUCGGAAGAAGUUCAAUCAAGAUCCGUGGAAAGGUCUCGAUUAUCUUGCCGAAAAGGGAUUCGUUGCGAGAGAUCCUAAAACAUUUGCACAAUGGAUGUACAAAGGCGAUGGUUUAUCAAAAACUUCAAUUGGCGAUGUUUUAGGGUCGAACGAUCCGUUUGCUCUUGAGACAUUAGAAGAAUUCACCAAAUGCCACGAUUUCACCAAUAUGUUCAUUGUCGACGCUCUCCGCUCGUUUCUUUGGUCAUUUCGUCUUCCUGGCGAAGCGCAGAAAAUUGACAGAAUUAUAGAAAAAUUUGCGAUUCACUACGUAUCGCAAAAUGAAAAUGUUGUUGCUACGGCUGAUGCAUGUCAUACAGUCGCUUACUCUUGUAUCAUGCUCAAUACACUUUUGCAUAAUCCAAAUGUCAAGGAUCGGCCCACAUUUGAACGUUACGUGAACAUGAAUAAGGAGCUUUUGGAGGCCAACGCAGUUUCUAUGCAAACUCUUCAAGCGAUUUAUGAUUCUAUAAAAAGCAGCGAAUUUAAAAUACCACAGGAUGAUACAGGUAGUAUAAGUGAUAUUUUGUUGCAUGCUGAACGUGAAGGAUGGUUGUACAAACAAAGCAGUGGGCAAUUUCUCUCCGGGGCUCUGUCAUGGAAACGGCGGUGGUUCGUUCUGAGUGACACAUGCCUCUAUUAUUUUGAGCAAACAACUGACAAAGAGCCACGUGGAAUAAUUCCGCUUCGAAAUGUUGGUAUUCGUCGAGUUGAGCAAGCCAGUAGACCACAUAUGUUUGAGAUAUAUUCUCUAUCGGAUGAACGAAUAAAGGCAUGCAAAACCGAACAAGAUGGGAGAAUGGUCGAAGGCCGUCAUUCCGUGUACAGAAUGUGUGCGAUGAGAUAUACACUAAAAAGUAUCGAAUGGCUGAAUGGCGUUGAACUUUUUGAAGACAAGAAAAUCAACGAGGAAGUAGAAGAUGUUGAGCUUCAAGGUGUUGCCACGACUGAUGAGAGUCUAGCAUUGAUGCUUGAAUGGAAAAUGCGAGUAUCAGAGGAUUCUGAAAAGUGUACGACAUGCGAAUGCGAUAUUGAUUUUGGUGAUCGUGUUGCGUUAGUUGAGCAUUAUCAAUCUGCAUGGCAUAGAACGAAUGUUCGACGAAAAGCGCGCAAUUUGAAUGUGCUCAGUGAAGAAGAAUUUGAAGGAAUGGAUGAGAACGAAACUUUUCAAGACACCAAAAACCAGAAGAUUGAAAAUGAGGAAAGUUCUGAUGAAGAGGACAUCGAUUUAUGUAUGCUGCCAGCUGGAAGGAGCUUUUUUAUUCAAAACAACAAUGUGUUCUCAGUAGCCAAGUGUAUUCUUCAUAAUGAUGAACCAAACGUUUCGAACGCAAUGUUCGCACGACCUUUCGACUGCGCAAUUUUUCUUUUAAAUGGUGGACAUUUCGCUGCUGGAGUUUUUGUGAAUGAUCGUUUGUUAGCGCAUCGCUCAUUCCAUCGUUAUGUUGCAAGAGCGAAACAAGGAGGAGUUCAAUCUCAAUAUGAUAAUAGUCAAGGAAACGCGAAAAGUGCGGGAGCGGGAUUGAGAAGGUACAACGAGCAGAAAAUGAAAGAAGAGAUACAUCAUCUCUUGUCUUCAUGGAAAGAACAUAUUGUGAAAAGUCCGCUAAUAUUUCUACGGUGUGCGUCUUAUCAGAAAUCGAUAUUUUUGGAUUCUGACGCUGGAAUUUUCCGAGGAGAUCCUAGACUUCGGACAAUUCCGUUCGAGACAAAACGGCCGACUGUUGACGAGGUGUCGAAUACAUGGAACCGUUUGCAAAUUGUUGAAGAACAUGGAAGUUUGGAGCAGUUCCGCGAAGAAAUGAAGGAACUCAAUGAGAAACGAAAACGCGUUGUGCAACGAGUUGAACGGAAGAAAAAGAAUGAGAACUGGAUUGGAGAAUGGGACAAAAAUCAGAGAAAUAAAGAGGAAAAGAAGAAUGAUGAGAAUCAGGAUAUUCGGAAGAAGGAUCACAUCAAAAUAAGGCCGGCUGAACCAAAAAUUGUGGAUCCAUGGCCAGCAUUAAGCGAAGAAUGGAGAAAAAUUAUUUAUCAAUUGGUUCGAACUGAUAAUGUAGACGGGUUGAAGGUCAAGAUCGAAGAGAUUAAUGAAGAAAAUCGAGAACAGGCGAAAGAAUAUCUUCGCACUGUUCGGUUCCCUCCAGAAAAUUUCUCUCUUCUUCACAUUUGCGCUUCUAAGGAACUUCCGAAGGUCCUCAGUUAUCUUUUAACCGAAGUUUCCUGUGAUCCAUCGUGUAAGGAUAAGUCGGGAAAACCUCCAUAUUCACUGUCGGCCAAUAAACAAAUCAAAGAAGUGUUUAUCCAAUUCCGAGCCGAUAAUCCCGACAAAUUCACAUGGUCGCGGACGCACAUUCCCGAACCGCCGAAAAAAAUGGUGUUGACGAUCGAAGAGCAAGAGAGAUUAGCCGAAAAGAAGAGGGAAAAGAAAUUAAAACAAAAGGAAAAAAUUAAACAGAAGAAAGAUGAAGCUGCGAGAGAAGAAGCUAUAAGAAAAGAGUGCGAGAAAUGGCUGAAUAUGUCGGAACGCGAGAAACGCGCCGAAAUAGCUGAACGACGAUUGGCCGGAUUGCCGCCGAUAACAAGAUGCCACCAGUGUGGAAAAAUGAGGACGAGUAUCCAACGAUUAUCGUCUAUAGGAGUCCCACGGAGAAUGAGAUUAUCGCAGUAUGAUGCUACGCAGGUUCAAUACAUGAAGGAAGCGUGCAUUCGUGUUGAUGAGCUGGACAACGUAAUAAUGCCUGUAAGUAAAGAAGAAGCACAUUCAUCACAGCAUUUAGUUCUCCAUCGCGCAUUUUCUGUUUUCUCAUUCACAAAGCAGAACAAACUGUUAUUGCAAAAACGAAGUCCGCAAAAGAUUACAUUUCCAAAUUUGUGGACGAACACCUGCUGUAGUCAUCCCCUUCAUAACGACUCGGAAAUCAACGGAGUUAUUGGAGCAAAAAAAGCUGCCGUUAGGAAGCUGAAGCAUGAAUUGGGGGUUGAAGGGGUUGAUGCGAAUGAAUUUUUCCUCAAAGGGAGGUACAUCUAUCGUGCUGAAAUGAGCGAUGCUCCUUGGGGAGAGCAUGAGCUCGAUUAUGCCCUGCUAUUAAAAGGAAUAGGCGCGAACAAUUGCAAUAUUAACUACAAUGAAGUUAGUGAUGUGAAAGAAGUCGAACUUGAAGAACUGCAGGAGUGGAUAAAGAAAGAACCCCAAAGCUUUACACCUUGGAUGAGGAUGAUUAAGUACCAUGUUUCCCGCAGUGCUCGUCUUUGGGCCUUCUGGAGCAACUUGCCAGCCAACAUGCUCAAGAAAUACCCGGAGCAGACGAUCUUCUAUGCGACUUUUGGAGUUGCUACUCUUUUCAUUGGAGCGUAUAAAUUCAAGAAAUAUUUGAACGACAGCGACAAGCCCUACUACCGCGGCUACUACGAUGUUGUGCGACCAAAUGAUCCUAUCGCGUUGAACUGGAGAAAGCCCGAAGAAUACCCGGCACCGUACCUCCUUUCGUCCGUGGAAACCGCCCAUUAA